UAAUAAUAAUUAAAUAUAAUAGUAACAUAAAUAAUAAAAUAAAUAUAAUAAAUAAUAUAUAUGGCACGGGUAAUAUUGAGAAGCUGUACUAUGUAAAAAUAAUCAUAGAUAUCAUUGCAUGCUUUGUUUUGGAUUAGAAAAUAAAUUUCAAUGAUGAGAAGUUGUACUAUGUAAAAAUAUAUGGCACGGGUAAUAUUGAGGCCAUUAAAUGCCAAAAGGCAAAGCAAUGACCCAAGGGUGCAUUAUACUGAUGUAGUCAACGGAAGGAAAUACUGAAAUUGUUAUAGUAAAAUGAAAUUUGCUUAGAAAUUCGUAUACACUGUACAAAACCAUUGAGCCUUUAUCUAGUAGCUAUGGGCAUAUUUGAUUUUUUAAAAUAUUUUUGUUUGCAUUUUUUGUUUUUAUAAAUAAUUACAAAGAUGGCAUUAUUUUUAUUUUAUCUCCUAUUUUAAAGACUUGUAUAGAAACUGGUGAACAUAUGUAGUUUAUCAAAAUGGGAGUUUACCAUUGACACCAACAAAGCUAGUUUAUUUUCCAGUUUUGUUGUUUACAAAUAAUUACAAAAAUGUCUAUUUUUAUUUCUUAUUUUUAAGGCUUUGUUUAAAAAAUGGUGAACAUGUGUUGUAUGAAAAACAUGAUGUAUGAUUAUUGCAUUUUAUGUCUACCUUUCUAGGUACUUAUCUUGGACUGAUUGGAAAGAGGAUUUCUACUCCCUCAGAUGUAAUAUAUGCUGGCCUUGGAACGCAUUAUGUGCCAUCUGGAAAGUUAGGUUUAUUCAUGGAUGCCCUCUAGGUCAGAAUCCCACCAAACCAGUCUCAAAAAACGACAAUCUCGAACCCGUUCACCGUUGGAUCGUCGUGAAAUUUGAGUAUCAUGUUCGCAACACAAUUACGAGCAUUCUCACCGUUGGGAAUUUCGAUAUCAUGUCUGAACUGAGAGAAACACCCUUCGCAUUGUAG